UUUCUACAUUACACCAGCGCAUAAAGGAGAACGCAUGGCUCAUUAGUCCCUUCAUGCAACACUCAAGUCGAUUAUCAGUAGCCUGACCCAUACAACGUGUCAGAAAUGGAGGAUAUGUUUCGCCAAAAUGAACCCACAAAAUGAAUAUGCAGUCACGCGCUCUUGGGGAAGCACUAUCUUGGACGCGUUUGAGGGUUCGGCUGUGUUUCCAAACUUCUCCUUAAAGUUAAAUGGCACAGGACUCGAGCCUCUCCUCCUGUCGCGCGCCGUCCCGCUCGGCUUAGUUUUGGGCUUCUUCAUCACCUUCGCCAUUGCUGGAAACAUCCUUGUCAUCCUGUCCGUAGUUUGCAACAGGCACCUGCGAUCUCCAACUAACUACUUCAUCGUUAACCUCGCAAUCGCCGACCUGCUUCUGGGCACCACCGUGUUACCGGUUUCAGCCACUUUGGAAGUAGUGGGCCACUGGGUGUUCGGUAGAAUCUUUUGUGAUGUUUGGGCAGCUGUCGAUGUGUUGUGUUGCACCGCGUCCAUCAUGAGCUUGUGCGUAAUCUCCAUUGAUCGUUAUAUUGGAGUGAGCCACCCUUUGCAGUAUCCUAACAUCGUGACGGGACGCAGAGCUUUGCUGGCCAUGUUGGGAGUCUGGGUCCUGUCUCUGGUCAUCUCUAUAGGACCGCUUUUGGGUUGGAAGGAGCCUCCGUCACCGGACGACACGGUGUGCGCAAUUAACGAGGAGCCCUUUUACGCGCUCUUCUCAUCCCUCGGCUCCUUCUAUAUCCCGCUAAUAGUUAUUCUAGUUAUGUACUGUCGUGUUUAUGUCGUGGCCAAAAUGACCACUAAGAAUUUGGAAGCAGGAGUGAAAACGGAGUCCAUGAAUUCCGGUGAAAUAACUCUGCGGAUCCACAGGGGAUCGCAGGUGCACGAGGACGCGGGAAAAAGUCGCGCGCACCAGGCGAGAAAUUCUCUGACGGUCAAACUUCUCAAGUUUUCCAGGGAAAAGAAAGCAGCAAAGACAUUAGGGGUCGUGGUUGGCAUGUUUACGCUGUGCUGGCUGCCAUUCUUCCUUACUUUGCCAAUUGUUUCAUUCAACACCAGUCUUCGGCCUCCUGAAACCGUCUCCUCCAUCAUCUUCUGGCUUGGCUACUUCAACAGCUGCCUGAAUCCCAUCAUCUACCCCUGCUACAGCCGGGAGUUCAAGCUGGCUUUCAUCCGCAUCCUCAAAUGCAGAUGUCACCGCAGGAGACGGCCAGGUUGGAGAGCGUACAACUACCGGGGCUCGCAAAUCAACUCCUUCUACUCACGGCAGGACUCGAGGGACUCUGUCAACUAUGGCAGUUACCUAAACGGGAGCCAGAGAACCCUGUCCUCCUCCAGCCCCAGUCCUAGUUACCAUACCAAAGGCCUGUCCCACUUCCAAGAGGACGGACCCAGACUCGGCCGGAGCAGGACACCUUCUGUUUUAUCCGAGAGCAUUUUGGAUCAUCAUCUCGAGCCUGUGGAGGAAGAUCCAAGACAGACUGUGAGCAUUCAGGAUCAUGCUGGUGUCUCGGAACUGGCAUCAAAGGCAUCUGAAUGAGCAAGAUAUCGAACUUGAAAUCGCACAAGAUGUUAUUUCAAUGAGUCGCCUCUUUAUUUUCUGUGGCAAUGGAUAAAUUGAAAGAACUCAUAUGUCUUACUAAACUCUUUGCGUGUUAUAAACAACCUGUUGGUGAUGUACAGCACAAUGUGAAUAGCAUACUCUGGUACUAUUCUAUAACAAACAGCUUAAAGGCAACUUUUUCUGACUUAUGUGUUAUCAUCAUCACCGAAAAGUUAUUAAUUAAACUUA